AUGAUUUUAUUAUUUGAAACAAUAGCAUUGCAAGUAUUGGUACUUGCAACUUCAACACACACUUUAACAAAUAAAGGAAAUUUGCUCUUUAUUUCACACUUAUCGCCUAACAUUCCUAAAAAUCGAAACGAUUUGUCAUGUAAUAUAUUUUUUGGUUCAAAAUCAAUUUCACUCGACACACAAGAGUAUAAAAAAAGCGAUCAAUGGCAUGAAUAUUUUAAGAAGGUGGACGACGCAACGGACACCAGCGGAUUGCCGCUGGCUCCGGAGAAUGAAGAUGACCCACUCGAGGAGGUUGAGGAUGAAGGAGAUUUGACCAAGCCGCCGACUCCGAAAAAGGAUUGGUACCUGAAGAAAUUGGCCCACGGGAGAAGGUUUUGGCACAAGUUUUUCGCAAAGCCCUCGGAUCAAACUCUAAGGGCAAUGAGAUGGUGUAAGUUCCAGCACGACCGGUUCCACUGUAACAGAAUAGUGGAAAGGACGUACAAUCAGCUGCCGCUGAUUGAGCCGAAAAAGGGCCCGGAUGGGAAGCUGAUGAAGCUGACGAAGGAGGAGAAGGUGUACAACAGGCACUCGCUGAAGGUGAAGAGGAGGAUACUAGGGUACGACAACACGAGCAGAGAGAGUAACCUGCUGAUCAUCGCAAACUACCCGCAGGAGAGGCUGGUGAAGCUGGUGGAGAGGCUGAGAAUGCCGAAAGUGCUGGACCUGAGGAACUACGAGCUGCUGAGGAUGCUGAGAUCCUCAAUGCUGUACCUGGCGAAGCCGAACACGUUCAUGAGCACAGUGGACUUCCUGCUGUGCUUCGGAAGGUUCAACACGGGCUACAGUAAGGAGUUUAAGAAGUACAUGGAGGCGGAGGAGAAGCCGAAGAAGAGGUUUAGACCAAUGGUAUAUGCUAUAAUAGGCAAGUUGAGGAACAACCCGUUUAAAAAGGAGCUGCUGCUGCCGAGGAAAAACAGGGCGCCGCCAAUAAGAGAAGAGUUCCCAGUAUACAACGGGCCAGAAUCAGUGCUCAACAGAUUUUUGGACUCGUGCGAAAACCUGACGAGAUUUAAAGUGACUACUACGCCGUACGACCACGACGAGACCAUGGACAGGUCGUUCUCAGACAUAUUCGACAGGGCGCCAGAAUACACGACGAAGGGGAGCGUGAACAAGCUGGACAGCCCGGCGCUGAUAAACUACCAGAAGGAGAUGAGCAGGUGCCUGCGGCCGAAGAAGGACUACAAGAAGGAGGACUUCGUGGGAUGGAGGCCUGAGGACGUGAAGAACAUGCUGAGAGUGUCCAGCAAGAUGGGCCUGGUGAAGACGGAGACGAUCAUACGGAGGCUCAAAAGCCUCCACAACGACCUCGGCCUGAGCUACGAGGAGAUAAUAGAGCUGGGGAAAAGGCACCCGCGGGUGCUCAAGUACGGAAGGUACAAGCAGAAGUGCCUGCGGCUGUACGACAUCGACGAGGCGUUCACGCACGAGGCCGUGAACAGGCUGGUCAGGGGGUACCCGAACGUCCUCACGUACAACGUCGACCGGUGCAUAAGGCCGAAGGUCCUCUACCUGCUCAGGAACAUGGGCAAGAGCGUCGAGGACCUGCUCGACUACCCGGGCUAUCUGUCGUUCUCGCUUUACGACCGCAUCGUCCCCAGGCACUUCGCAGUCAUGAAUCGGCACUACAAGGGCGAGUUCCUGAGCGUCUACAGGUUCCUGUUCGAGACCGGCUUCUACAGGAGCUACGGGCAGCCGGUCACGCACCCGAAGAUCCCGGACCUGCUGCCCGAAAACCACGCCAGGUUCAUGGAGUCGUACAGGCAGCUCUCGAGUGAGAUUGACCUGCGGGCUCUCCUCAAGACCGGCGACGCCAAGUUCUGCGAGCUUUUCAAGCUGUCGUACCGGGAGCUCGUGGAAGGCAAGCACAACGCGUUCAAAAUCCCACUGCCGACCAACAUACACACUCGGUGGAGCUACGCGCCCGCCUACAGGUUUUCCGGCGGAAGGGGCGCCGACCCCGCGGGGCCCCCGAAGAAGGUAAGAAGGACGACCACACAUUGCUACGUUCAGUUCCUGAAGGACGAGGAAAUACUCGUCGAAAGGGUUCGCGUGCUGAAAAACAAGAAACUGCUCGGAGAUUACACCACCCACGAGGCGCGGCUGAUUGCCAAGAGCGACAACAUGAACCUGAUUCUCUUUAAGCCCAACGCCGACCCUCCCAUCUGCGUCAUUGACAACUACAAGCAGUUUCUGAAGACACUCUCUGGGAGGGAGCCCAGGAAGGACGACGCUUCCUACUCCUUCGACCCUUCCCUCAAGUCAAAGACCGUCCAGAUUUCCGAGAACUGCGGCGCGUCUGAUCUCGACAGGAAGCUCAGCUCAAUCAGGGCCUUUCUGCUCUCCGGCCACAGGGUCGACGUGCUCGUGUUCGCGAAGGGCAAGCGGGUCAGGGAGUUGAACAGGAAGUACGACGCAGCCUCCAAGGCCUCCUCGGCGCAGGACGCAGUCAGGAGCGCCGCUGAGGUUGCCGAGGCCCGCGGCUUAAAGGUGACUCACGACCUCACGAACUCGAUUCUGCAGAAGAUCGACUACAUAUACUCGAGGCUUGUGGACAUUUCCAGCCCUCACACGCUAAGGAACAAGGUGAACGUUAACUCUAGGCAAAUACUGUUAAAAUUUUGGCCAAAGUGA